CCCAAUCAGAGUUAAGAUGGCGACACAGGAGCGCCUGCCAUGCUGCGGGGGCGGUGCUACAUGGUCAGACGAUCAGCAUGAAAUUCCUGACGUGGAUAUGCGCAGAGUUCAUAUUCAGGGCAAAGGAGAAUGCUCGAUUCCUUCUAUCCUUCGAUGAUGGCAGGUACCCCCAACGCUUUUGACUCCUUCAAGGUUUCCCGUCUGGCAUGUGUCGCGACCUUUCGAAAUUCGAACACACCGAAAGUUUACCGAAAAAAUUGAAGCAGGUGCUUGGGUUGGCGCCAUCGUCGAGCCUUGGCCUCUUGGAUGUCGUUCCUGCUGUCGGCACGCUGUGCGUCGCGUUGCCAAUGUAUGUCGCCACGGCGUUUCCAAGCGUUCCAGGUGGCGACAGCGGUGAACUCAUCGCGGAAGCGUGCAAGGCGAAAGGCGGGGUCGCGCACCCGCCUGGUUACCCACUGUACCUCCUCCUCUUGCAAGCUGCGUUCAAACUUGAAGUGCUGGACGGGUUGACUCCAGCGUACAUUGCCAACGUCGAGAACGCACUGUUCGCGGCGGUCGCCGCUGCCUCGAUCACGCAUUUCGUGUACCUGUACACGAACAAAGCAAACGCAUUCGCUGCCAUCGCGAGCGGUCUCAUGUUUGCAUUUGCGCCACUGACGUGGGAGUAUGCUGCCGGCGCCGAAGUCUUUGCUCUCAACAACAUGCUCCUCGCCGUGUUGUUUGUCCUUUGCGCAGUCUUCAAGAGGUCGCACAGCAUCUUUGCCGCAUCCGUUGGCGCGCUCAUAUGUGGUUUGGCUCUGUCUAACCAACACACUGCCAUUUUGUACGAAGUGCCCAUGAUCGCUUGGAUGCUGUGGCACGGUCGAUAUGUGUUCCGCUGGUACCAUAUCUUUUGCAUGGGCAUGCUGUUUGUCGCGGGAUUGACGCCGUACGUGCACCUCAUGCAUGAGUCGGAAACGCCAUCGAGAGGAUCGUGGGGGAAUGCAUCAAGCUGGAUCGGGCUCCUCCGUCACUUGGUACGCGAAGAGUACGGCACGUUCAAGCUGUCGCCAAUCACGUCCACGAAUCUAACCGAGACGCCAUGGGAGCGAGGGCUGUUGUACCUUCAAGACGCCCGCGAACAAUUCGUCGGCAUCGGGUUCAUCUUGGCCCUCCUUGGGUUGUGGCGCGCUGAGGGCCCUGCCGACGAGACAUCGCGUCCUCUGACCGACUCGUCCGCUCCCUCGACGACCACCCGUCCUGCCUCCACGGAGCCUACUACUGCCACGCCCGAGCAGCGCGCGCUGGAUGACUUGCUCCUGCUCACCUUUCUACACUACUUGGUGUGCUUCAACUCGUUGGCGAACUUGCCGUUGUACAUUCCGUUGACGCGCUCGAUCCACAGCCGAUUCUGGAUGCAGCCCAACAUGGUGAUUGCCAUGUUCCUCGGCAUUGGACUCGCUCGGAUGCAAGGCAACGUCGUUCGCAGCCUCCCGUCGUUUCUUCCGACGUGGACAAGUCGGUUUGUCGUAAUUGCUUCGUCGUUGGGGCUCGUGGGGCUGCAAAUGUCGACUCACUAUCCCCAGUCCAACCACAGCAAGUCGGGCGUGGUGAUUUCGUCCUACGGCAACGCAUUGCUCGACACGCUGCCGCCCAACUCGGUGCUGCUGUCCUACACCGACAUCAACUGGAACAGCGUGCGGUACUUGCAAGAGUGCGAGAAGAAGCGGCCGGAUGUGACGCACCUCAACUUUCAGCUCAUGCCGUACAGCUGGUACAGCCGCCAGCACGACCUGUACCCUGGAAUUACGUUUCCGCCGUUGAUUCAAGGCGUGUCCACCGAGCGCGGGAGCAAAGGGUUUGAGCAGCUCACGCGCCGGUUUGUCAUGCAAAACAUGUACGCCCUCAACAUGUACUUGGACCUGCACGCCGUGAACGAAUCGGCACUGGGCAAAGACGGGUACUACAAUGGGUUUUACGUGACGCCGCACGGGAUGCUGUGGAAGAUCCACGAGCAGAAAAAGAUGCCGACGUAUUCCACGUGGAACAAAGAGUCGAAAGCGCUCUUUCGCAUGUACAACCAGAGCUUUGCGUUGGCGCAUUCGGCCAAGUACCCGACAGGGUCGUGGGAAUACGUUGCGCGCAAGAUUUACUUUGACGGACUCUACCAAAAGGCGCUCCACAGUUUGCAGUACUGGAUCGACCGGACGGCCAAGAAGGGCAAAGAUGUCACGUACGACGACUUGGAUGGGUACAUGUUUGGCCUACGGGACAUUGUCAAGGCGCUCAACGGGAUCUACCACAUUGCGCUGCCGGCGCAGUGCGUGACGUACCCGCGCAAAGACAUUGUCAAGAACUUGGCGUUGACGUAUGUUCGGUACCAUGGCGCGCUCGUGUUGGCGGAGCGCCAACCCGCGCGCGACUUGCCCAUUUCGAAGCAGUUGGUUCACGACGUCAAGGUCGAAGCUGUGCGCAUCUCGAACGAGUUUCUCGAGCUCAGUCCAAAGGACAAAGACAUCGAAGUGUUUCAAACGUUUGUGGACACGGUCGACAACCCCGAGGCAACCGCGGCGGAAGCAUCCGCCAAAAAGGUCAAGAAGACGAAAAAGAAGAAGGCGCGACCUCAUCAAGUCGUUGAGGAAGAAUUGUAA